AUGUCGAGGUUUGCGCUCAGCAGGAAGGAGGAAGAGGCCAUCAUCUCGCUCUGCCGCACAGAGGCACUGCGCGCGUGCGAGAUCGACGUCUCGAACUUCUCGGCCUGCUCCGAGGGACGCACCAUCUCGGUCACCUGGGCCUGCCGCGACCAGUUCAAGGCCAUGCAGCGGUGCAUG